GGUAACACAGAGUGAGAAAGGGGUGGAAGAAGAGGGAGCCAUAUGUCUACUCUGCAUCAGUGUCAACAUCACUGCCACGCGAGCCUUCGUCACCGGAAAACAACAAGGAAGAUCGUCACACAGGAGAGCUUAAAAGAACAAUCAUCAAUAGCAGCAGCAGCCGCAGCAGCGGCUCCUCCUUCACCAGACGUGCAUCCACAAAUUGGGCAAGAAGCUUGAAAUUGAGCAUCUAAAUAUUGUCCUAGAAGCUCUUCUAGGCAUGACCUGAGGAAGCUGCAGCUAGUCAUCGAGCUUUCUUGCUCCAUCAACAUGGGUAACCAAGAGACAAAGCAAAAGAAAGCAGCAGCAGCAUCAAGCAACGGAAGCUACCCAUCGCUAGAUGAAGGAUGGAGAGAGGGGGGAGGGGACGUAAAAAAAGGAGGAAAGAAACUCCAUGGUAAACAUGGAGGUAAAGGAACAGGCAGUGCAGGAGGAAGGGGAGUGACGAACGGCACAGGACUAAAAAAUAAAAAUAAAUCAGAGUCCAAGUCUUCUGUUUUCUCCAUCCGGAAGCGAAAGGGUAACCUUAAAGGAAAAGGAGACGUGUGUUCAUCAGUGAAAGGCUCAAAAGAGGAUGUUUUAGCAUCUCAGCACGAUGAGCUGGACAGCACAAAAACACCUGAUCUGUCUGCAGAUGAGCUGGGGCAGUCGGACACUGAGGCUGCCUUUCCUGAGAAGAGAAAGAAGCAGGGGAAAAGGGAUGAUGGAGAUGAGAGAGACGAGAAGCAUGAGAUGCAGCAGAAAGCAUCGACCGCAAACUCUCCUGCAGAAGAUGGAGGGCAGAAGGGAGGGAGCUCAGGAUCAGACACUGAUAUCUACAGUUUCCACUCAGCAGCUGACCAUGAGGAUUUGCUUGCGGAUAUCCAGCUCGCUAUAAGGCUCCAGCAACAGCAGCAUGGGGGGGUUACCUCAAUUGUGGAAACACAAGGAGGGGGAGGAAGGAAUCUAAUUUGGGGGGAAGGAAAGGAUAGGAGGAAACAGAGUAAUGGGGUAGUUAAAUUAACUCCUCCUGAGGUGCUUGACCUGACCCCAGAAUUAGAGCUGGGGUCUGAUGCCUUGUCAUUCCUGGAGGGAGGAUCUAUUAUUGGCUCUGUCAAGCAAAACGAGCCACUUCCCACACAGAAUAGCCCCUUCAACGCAGAGGUUAUUGAGAAGAAUGAGGACAGGCAUCUGGAGCUAAAGGGGCAGGGGCAAAGAGAAGCUGCUCUUUGUGUUUCCACAGGCACAAAAGACCAGCAUGCUUUGCUUCAGCAGCGCCCUCACACAGAUAUUUCCAUAGCUACUGAAGGGGGGGCAACAGUCUGCCCGGUGACCAUGACAACUGUUGGUAACAGUUUCCACGAUUUUACAUUUGACAGCACUGGGAAAAUCACAGGGGAAGAGGAGGGAGCAAGUGCUGAAACCCAGCAGGAGCAGGUGAGGGAGCUUGAGAUGGAUGCUAAUCUCAGUCUUCCACUGCCAGACGACAACCAUAGAAGUCCUGAGCCACUAGAGGGACUGAGUUCAAGAACUGUAUUUGAAGAAGGUGAGAUUCACUUAGGCUCAGGUACCAGCGCUGAGUCUCUUGAGGACUGCUUAAGUGCUGACUCUGAACCCAGCCCCUCUACCAGCACCAAGGCUUCCCCCUCCAACCAGCAGUUUAGGAGGAGCAGCGCCUGCUUUAGCCCACUACUUCCUCAGGAGAGCCCCACAUUGGCCAAACGCCUCCUCAAGUCUGCCCACCCCGCCACCUGCUCUAGUCCUGUGGUGAAACCUUACCCUCCCAUCUUCCCGUCCUACAUCAAAACCACUACAAGACAGCUCAGUUCCCCAGGGCACUCACCAUCUCAUAGCCCCCUCUCCCCACGCAGAGCUCACCAUAACUUUCACAGGAUGAUGGCUGAAGGUUGGCAGGUGCGCAGAAAACGCUCCAGAAGCCUUGCUAGCCCUUUGAGUCGCUCAGCUGACUGGACAGAGGAACUAGACAGGCGAUUGAGAGGCAAGGAGGAAGAUGGAGGUGGCUUACUGAGCUCAGGAGAAUAUUUGGGGGGCCACACAGGAGGAGGCAGCCAGCCCAUCUGUGGAACGAGAAGAUUUUCAUGUGGACAAGUAUCUACUUGUGGUUUUCAGGAUGUCUUUACAGGUCGAACUCUUCUGGAGAAGCUGUUCUUGCAACAGCAAGCGGAUGAGCCAGAGGAGGCUGAGAGGCUCUGCUCUAGGAUCUUAGCAAUGGGCCUCCUGCUGCCAUUCACAGACUGCUUCAGAGAACAGCUGGGGGGAAGCACUACCCACAUCACCGCCACCGCAUCACCCAAGUUCGAUCACGACCAGCUUUACACAUGGGCAGCUGUCAACCAGCCACCACACUCUUUGGAUCUCUGUGAGGGGAAACAACCAAUUCAGAUUAAAGGCCCUUGGCCUCAAGCCAAACCAGGUGGAGAUAACAGGAAUGGACUUCAAUCUGCACAAUCAGAGCUCCAUGCAGAUAUCAUGGGUUUGAGGCAGCAACAUGUAAACAAAGAGGAAGAAUGUGUUUUUCCUUCAAUAAAACUGAAGGAAAAACAUGUUAAUGUCAUCCAGCAACUGGAACAAACCAUAGAAGAUCUCAGGACUAAGAUUGCUGAGCUGGAGCGACUGCCCCCUCUGGUGGACAAGGACAGUAUGAAAGUCACCACCUCCACCACAGACAGGGAAUGUGGAGGAGAAGAGGACCUACUAAGGGGUGUGUGCGAUGCUCAUCUUCAGACUGAGGCCUUCUCUGUUGGAGGCUUGGAGGCAAAGUCUGUGCAGACAUCACCAAUGGAUGACAGUUCAAAGUUCAAAGUGCCUUGUAGUGAGCCAGACAGAGUCGACAGAUUCCUGGAGCCUCCCCCCAGUCAUGAUGGGUACCUGUGUUCGUGUCAGCUACAGCCUCCUGCUCCUCCACCCCCACUUCUAGGGGGAAGUGAAAGUGGAGUCUGCCCUCCUUAUUCAGGGCAGACUGUAGCACCUCCUCCUCCACCAUUACCAGAAAUAGUCCCACCUCCUCCACCUCCUCCACCCCCUCUUCCACCAGGUUUAGGAGUUCCUCCACCUCUCCCUGGUUGUCUGGCUCCACCCCCACCUCCUCCCUUACCUCCACCUCUCCAUCAUGGUCUUGCUGCACCUCCACCUCCUCCUCCUGCCCUAGUCCCACCCCUUACUCGUGGCAUGGUUCCACCUCCUCCCCCUCCUCCUCCUCCAUUACCAGGAGUUAAAGGCCCACCUCCAACUGAAGCCUGUGUGCCUCCCCCUCCUCCUCCUCCUCCAUUACCAGGAGUUAAAGGCCCACCUCCACCUCAAGCUUGUGUGCCUCCUCCUCCGCCUCCUCCACCUCCACCAGGAAACAUCUGUGUUCCCCCAGCUCUUCCAGGAGCUCUUGGCUCCCUGCCUCCUCCACUGCCACUGGGCUUAUAUUCUCUGGGUCUGACACAAGAGAAACCACCCAGAAAGGCCUUGUUAGAGCCACCAAGACCCAUGAAGCCUCUCUAUUGGACCAGGAUCCAGCUCCACACCAAGAAGGACAUGUCAUCUUCACUUGUGUGGGAAACAAUUGAGGAGCCCAACGUAGACUUUCAAGAGUUUGUGGAAUUGUUCUCGAAAACAGCCGUGAAGGAGAAGAAGCAGCCACUGUCUGACACCAUAACCAAAUCCAAGGCUAAACAGGUUGUUAAGCUCCUAAACAAUAAGCGUUCUCAGGCUGUAGGAAUCCUCAUGUCAUCUCUGCACCUUGACAUGAAAGAUAUCCACCAUGCCAUCCUGAACUUGGACAACACUGUAGUUGACCUGGAGACCCUGCAGGCCCUGUAUGAAAAUAGAGCACAACAGGAAGAAUUGGACAAGAUCGAAAAGCACAUAAAGUCCACUAAAGACAAAGAGAAUGCCAAGCCCCUGGACAAACCAGAACAAUUUCUCUACCAGCUCACCUUGAUCCCAAAUUUCAACAGUAGAGUUUUCUGCAUCCUUUUCCAGUCCAGCUUUUGUGAGUGCAUGUCAUCUAUCACAAGAAAACUGGACACACUGCAGAGGGUAUGCAAGGUAAUACAGGACAGUGAAACAGUGAAGAAGAUUCUAGGUCUGAUUCUGGCCUUUGGUAACUUCAUGAAUGGUGGCAAUCGAACCAGAGGCCAAGCUGAUGGUUUCAGCCUUGACAUCCUGCCCAAACUUAAAGAUGUAAAAAGCAGUGACGGCAUGAAAAGUCUUCUGUCUUACAUUGUUGCAUAUUACCUCCGACACUUUGAUGAGGAUGCUGGCAGGGAGACAUGUGUGUAUCCUCUCCCUGAGCCCCAUGACCUGUUUCAGGCUUCGCAGCUGAAAUUUGAAGAUUUUCAGAAAGAUCUGGCACGACUCAGGAAGGAUCUGAGAGCAUGCAUAUCAGAAGUAGAAAAAGUGUGUAAGAUUUCAGAUGAGGAGAACUUGGAACCUUUCAAAGAAAAGAUGGAUGAUUUCCUCAAACAAGCUAAAAGUGAACUGGAGAUGCUGGAUUCUCAACUCAGCAGCACUCAUAAACUGUUCCUGGAACUUACAGUGUUUUUCUCAGUGAAGGCCAAAGCAGGAGAGAAAGAGGUUUCACCUAACAUAUUCUUCUCCAUUUGGCAUGAGUUCUCCUCUGACUUCAAGGACCAGUGGAAGAAGGAGAACAAAACCAUUCUCAAAGAGAGGUUAAAAGCAGCAGAAGAGAGUUUCCGACAGGCCAAAGAGAAGGCAUCCUACAGUGUCAAACCUAAACAAUCAUCGGGAAUUAAAGCCAAGCUUGGCAUGAAAAUUUGACAUAGUGGGCUUGGCACGCUUGUUUUCAUGACUUUGGACACCAGCAGUGAAUCAACCACAAAAGUAUGAAGAUGACCGACAAGAGAAUUAAGCGACAGAAUAAAUGAGAAUGACCUACAAUAUGUGCAGACAAGCGAUCUCUGGACUUUUUUUCUCAUCGUUAUUUUUAUGUUUGGUCACAUUUGCCUGCUCUGUCUGCCUGUUGCUUUAGAUGACUAUUGGAUUCAACAGAAUCAUGAAAAGAUGCUCCUUCAGGGCCAUCAGGUGCAAAAUAUUUACAGUAAUCAUCAGCAUCCCUUGUCUAUGGAGCCCAGGUUUAACUGAUAAUGUAAUACACUCAUAAUCAUUAACACCAUCAAGUUUCCUAAAUAAGUAUUUGAAAAAUAAUUAAAAACAAUAAGCAAUUAUUCCUAACGACACUGACCUUUAUUAAGAGCAAAUGAGGCCAGUAAGAUGUGAUGGAAAUUAAGCACUAGUGACAUGAUGGUAUUGGAUUUACUAUGGAAAGUACUGUUGUUGCAGACUUUAUCUAAUUUUCAGUUAAAAAAUUGGGUUCUUGUUUUUAUACUCCAAGCAGUAAUCCAUAAUGACUGUGAACCAAUAGAACAAUUUUUUGUUCAAAUAUCCAUCCAUUCUGCUUCUCUGGGGCUGGGUCGCGGAGGCAGCAGCCUGAAUGGAGACGCCUAGACGUUCCUCUUGCCAGCCACUUCCUCCAUCUUAUCCGGGAUAACACUGAGGCAAUCCUAGGCCAGCAGAGAGAUGUAAACUCCUAGGUCUGCCUGAGGACAUCCUGACUGGAAAACCUUACUUAGUAGAGCUCUAGGAGACAUGCUCAUCAGAUGUCCGAACCCACUCAACCGGCUCAUUUCAAUGUGGAGUAGCAGCAGCUCUACUCUGAGCCCCUCUUCAUGUCCUUACCCUCUUAUCUCUAAGAGAGAGGCCAGCCACCCUUCAGAGAAAGCUCAUUUCUGUCGCUCGUAUCUGUGACCAUAGGUAAGGAUAGGGAAGUAGACUGAUUGCUAAAUCAUAGCAUCAUGUUUAUGCUCAGCUCUCUUUUCACCACGAUGGACUAGUACAGCAUCUGCAUCACUGCAGCUGCAGCACCAGUCUGCUCUCCUCACUACCUAAACUCCUUCACUUGGAGCAGCAACUUGUCACUCACCCGCAGAGGGUCAGUGACAAGUUCACCCUUUUCUCACUGACAACCAUCGCCUCAGAUUUUGGAGAUGCCGAUUCUAGUUCCCAUCGCAUCACACAGCUGUGAAACACUCCAGUACGAACGAGGCCACUACCUGAUGAAACCAAAAGAACAACAAUGUCUGCAAAAAGCAGAAAUAAAAUUCUUAGGCCACCAAAGUGGAAGCCUUCCACCAACUGGCUGCAGGGGCAGUCCCUGUGGAGUUUAACACCCACCGGAAAUGAAUCUGACUCAUUGCUGGCAAUGAGCUCAUGAAAUGCUUUUACAGGGACCCAAAUGGCGUGCAGCGAUGGGAGUACCCUUACUCCCGAGUCCCAGGUAUUUAAACCCUAGUGGUAGUUAUCUCUCAAGAGAUAACUAGGGUUGAUCAUGUGUCGUAUGUUCUGGACACUCGGGUGAAAAGCAGAACUGAGCUGGACUGAUCACCACCGUGUGGUAAGUUAGAUAACGCAGCAUAAGGUGUGCCCUGAGUUAUUAAAGGCUCUGGAUGUUGUAGGGCUGUCUUGGUUGAUAUGCCUCUGCAACAUCAGAUGGAGAGCUGGGUCGGUGCUUGUGGAUUGGCAAACUGAAGAGGUGCUUCCCAUCUUUAAGAAGGGGUACCAGAAGGUGUGCUCCAACUGCAGGGGGAUCACACUCCUUAGUCUUCCUGGUAAGGUCUAUGCUAGGGUACUGGAAAGGAGAGUUCAUCCAAACAGGCCUUCAGUGAAGCUGGUUCUGUUUUGUAACGAGCUGUCUUGCUGUAGUCUUCUUCAGACAGUCUCCACUGCCUGGGUUAUAGGUAUGUAAGUGAUGAAAAUGAGACCACACCAAAGAACACUAUGAUCCAGUGUAAGUUUUUGAAUCUAGUGGAUGAAGUCAGUAGUUUUCAAUAUGAAAGGGGGGUGUUCCACAGGAGGGGAGCCAGGAUGGUGGUGAGGAAAUUGGAAACUUUGUAGGUGGCAAUUUAGUAUUAAAAGCACUGUGUGAAUGUGUGUGCGUGCUUUAAACGUUUCGAUCAGAAAGCCUUGAAAAGAGUUACUUUAUUUAUAAAGUUUAGCCUGUUUGAAGGCAGGAAGAAAACUGGCAACAAUGCCAGUUGUGUGAGUUACACUUAUCAAUAUCACAACUUUAUCAUUAAGACACAGGAGAAUCUGAUGGGUUAUAGUCAAGUAUUCCAAUAACAUUUAUUUCCAAAUUGGCAUGGGGCAGUUUUAGUUUUUAUUCUUUCGGCUCUAGUCCCAGUCACGAUUAAUGGUCUGAGAGCGAUUAAAGAAUAAAUACAAAAAAACCCAGCCCAAUAACAGACACUAUUUUAGAUAUUAUUUUUAGACACUAGUUUAAAAUUUUAAACCCUUCUGUUCUCUGUGCACAGAGUUCCACAGGUAUAUGCUCUAUGAAUGGUGCUGCUGUCUUUUGGACACUUGAUUGGUCAAUAGUAGUUUCAUACUUGUUGCUAUCCAAUCUGGAACCUAACCUGCUCCGGAUAAGGUUAGGUUACCAUAGUGAGGUAACCCAGUAAGAAAUCAACCACCUUUGUAACACAGAACACAUAGGGUUAACCCCCCAGGUUACCUGAAUAAGACAAAAUCCUGUGUCUACAGGAGUCUCAUUGACUAAGGACCUUUUGACAAUGACUUGUGACCCUUAUCAGUCCAACUUCUGCAUCCCAUUCUAAUGAACUCCAAUUUUGGUAUUUUAAAUGUAUUGACUCAAGUCAUGGACUCUGCUAUUGAAAGUAUUAAACACUGGAGUCAAAAAUAAUAUCAAAAUCAAGACCUUAAACAGUCCAGCAUUCAGAGUUCUCUCAUCUGACAACUUCAAUUUUAUUUUUGUGAACAUUCUUUUUUUGUGGUUUAGGAAAAAGAAAGAGAGAAUACUGAUCUGCAAACACUGUAUGGCAUUAUGUUUGGUUCACAAAAAACAUUUCAGGAAAAUGUAAGCCUGCAAAGAAAAACUCAUGAUCGGUCUUUGUAAAACACCCAUAUGCAUCUGGAUAUUUAAUUUCUUCUCUUAUGUAUUUACUGGGACAGAACUCUUUGUAACUAUCAGAUGAUAUCACUAUGAUUGCUGUUUACUGUAGGUUUGGUUUUCUUGUAACUGUGAGUGAGAGUGUAAACCAUUUCCAGAGAUUACACAGAGCCAACCAGCUUGCCUGUGCUGAAGACUGGCACUGAUAAUUGCAUUAGAAGAUACUCAUGGCUAUACUGGGCUUUAAUGUGUAGAUUCUGACUGUAACUUGCCAUCUUUUAAAAUCAACAGAAAUACAGCCAUAGACACAUCCUUGUAAAUUAAAUCAUCUCGCCUCAAUAAACCUCUCACUUUGUGAUUCUGCAUCCUCAACACCAUUCAGACUGUCUUUUAGCAGAAAAUCCAAGUCAGCAUACAUUUGUACAGCUGGUAUGCCAAAUCUGACAGGCAGCAUUUUGCAGGUGUUGCAGAAUUAAUGUAAAGUAAUAAAAUGUUAAAGAAAUAA